AUGUCUCUACAAUACAGAGAGAACGAGUAUUAUUUUCACGAUGAAGAUGAACAGAAAAUGUUACUUCGUGCUCUUGCGUUAUCUCUUGAAAAGGACAACAAUGAUUAUCGGAAUAUAACCUCCGGAUCCAUGGGACUUGGACCAGCGAACCCUCAAUCAGGUACUCAAUCUCCUGGUCAAAAAAAUCAUUUUCCUAGAAUGGUCAUAAUUAAUCCUCCUAAAAAAAGCAUAUUUCGAAAAUUAUUUGAGGGUUUUCUCGGCAUUAAAACUUUAAUAAUUGCUGCCUCCUUUGCCUUUUCAUUUAUCUUCCUAAUUGCUAUAAAUGUUGAUCAUCAAAAAGAAAUUGAAAAUCGAAAGUCAGAGGCAGAACGAGAAAUUCAAGAAUGCAGCUUGAAAUAUCUCGAAAAUCGAUGCAAUCCUGUUACAAGGGCACCAUAUUUGGAAAAUAAUUGUACUUUUUGGGAAGAUUGUAUGAAUCGAAAUCCAGACAAUAAUGUUAAAGAAGCGGAACUUUAUGCUAAGCAAAUGGCUCGAAUAAUUUCCGUAUUUCUUGAGAAUUUAUCAUAUGAAGCGAGAAUGAUGUUUUUUAUAUUCCUUGUUAUGAUCUUUGGCUAUGUAACUUUUAAGCAUCAUAAAUAG